UCACUCCGCCCAGACUUUUCUAUGAGAACAGGUUGGCACACAGAGUACAGAGAAUAACGCGCAGCUGAGCUGGCAUCAUUACACGUUAGUUCUCUCUGCUGAACGCUGAACAUGCCAGUAUAUUUGGCACUGCUGUUUGCGCUUUCCUUGCCCGGAUAUCUAGAUGCGCUUCACGGAUUAUACCCCUUCGGCCAGCCCGAGCUUUUCCAGAAGAAGAGCAACUGCAAACCCAUACCUGCAAACCUGCUCCUGUGUCAUGAUAUCGAGUACACGGACAUGCGUCUGCCCAACCUCCUCGGACACGAAACCAUAAACGAGGUUCUGCAGCAGGCAUCUUCCUGGAUCCCUCUGGUGCAGAAGCAGUGCCAUCCGGACACCAAGAAGUUUCUCUGCUCGCUCUUCGCUCCGGUGUGUCUGGAUGAUCUGGACGAACCGAUCCAGCCGUGCAGGUCACUGUGUGAGAGCGUGAAGAGCGGCUGCGCUCCGGUGAUGGCCGCUUUUGGGUUCCCAUGGCCGGACAUGCUGGACUGCCAGCGCUUUCCUUUGGAUAAUGACCUGUGCAUACCAACCGGUGGUGGAGAUCCUUUAGUGCCCGACACUAAAGAAGUUCCAAGGGUGUGUGAUGCCUGCCAAGAAAAGCCUGAAAAUGACCAUGAAAUAGUGGACAACCUUUGCAAGAAUGACUUUGCUCUAAAGAUCAAGGUCAAGGAGAUCUCCUACAUGAAUGGUGACACCAAGAUCGUUCCAGAAAGCAAGAGCAAGACCAUCUACAAGUUGAAUGGUGGCGUCACCGAGCGUGACCUCAGAAAGACAGUGCUUUGGCUGAAAGAUGGCCUUCAGUGUGUGUGUGACGAAAUGAAUGACAUCAACGCCGCCUAUCUGGUGAUGGGCCAGAAGAUGGAUGGAAAUUUGGUUAUCACGUCAGUGAAACGCUGGCAAAGGGGUCAACGAGAGUUUAAGAGAAUUUCUCGCAGUAUUCGCAAGCUUCAGUGCUAGGAAUGCUCAUCGAUUCUUCUAAAACGAAGACCUAUAACAAAACCAUAGAUUGAUGUCCUUAAUGUCUGUUCUGCCAUUACCAUUUUAAGAGCUGGCCAGUAGAGCUCAUGGUAGAGCGGUCACCCGGGGUAAACCUUAAAAGGUACGAACCAUAGAUUCGUCACAGUUCCACUUGAGUUUUAUUUAUUUACUCUACCUGUCAAAUUUACCCUGAACACAGAUUGCAUGCUAGCAUAACCCAUUCUUCUCCUCUUUCACAGUUAACCGUAGCAUCUCAAACCAUAAUAUGUACAUGCUUUCCAUGGCAUAUGCUCUUCCUCUGCUGGCAUAAUUAUGAAACAAAGCUCUGUCAAUUUUCUGAACGCAAGGUUAUCGGUUUAUAAUUGGAGUAUGAUAGCAAGUGAAUGUCCAAGACUCGCAUCAUACUCACAGAACACCUACAGAAGACAUGAAAUUCAUUUCUGGUCGGCAGAAUCUUUUCCUGAAUUCCAACUCUUGAAAUGAAUUAUGAGUCAUGAGUCACACACAUGUUGAUGGUGGAGUGCGUGUCAUUGCACAGGUGCUGAUCUGUUCAAGGUUAGAGGCAGAGAGAAAACAUUUCCAAAGCCAUUUCCCCCUGUAACAAAUAAGGAUAAGAAAUAUGUUUCUAAGGAAUGCAUGAGAUACAUGGUUUCUAUUCUGCCAACAGAAAAGAAGUGUGUUUACAUAAGUAAUAAAAAGUACUUUUAUCAGCACAAUGAGAUAGCUGGCUCUAUUCUCAAUGUUUUAAAAAUGAUCCAGUGAAACUAGCCUCUGGAGCAUGAUCAUGUUAAAGGGACAGUGCACCCAAAAAUGUAAAUUCUCUCAUCGUUUAUUCACCCUCAUGCCAUCCCAGAUGUGUGUGAAUUUCUUUCUUCAGCAGAACACAAGUGAAGAUGUUUAGAAAAAUAUUUCAGCUCUGUAGGUUCAUACAAUGCAAGUGAAUGGUGACCAGAACUUUGAAGCUCCAAAAAGUACACAAGUCAUUAUUUAAGUAAUCCACGAGACUCCAGCGGUUUAAUCCAUGUCUUCAGAUAUUAUAUAAUAGGUGUGGGUGAGAAACAGAUCAAUAUUUAAGUCUUAAAAAAAAUAAUGUAUAUCGCCCCCUACUGGGCAUGGAGAAUAAUUUCUGUCAAAAAAGGACUUAAUAAUGAUCUUAAUAAAUAGUGAUUCUCACCCACAACUAUCAUAUCUCUUCUGAGGAUAUUGAUUAAUCCACUGGAGGAUUACUUUUAUGCUGCCUUUAUGUGCUUUUUGGAGCUUAAUUUUUUUGGCACCCAUUCACUUGCAUUGUAUGGACCUACAGAGCUGAAAUAAUCUUCUAUAUAGAAAGUCACACACAUCUGGGACAUCAUGAGAGUGAGUAAAUGAUGAGAAGUUUAAUUUUGGGGUGAACUGUCCCUUUAAUGUGACUGCUUUAACUUCUACCCUUCUAACUUCUAGAUAUGAUGUUCAGUAGACCUACAAAUGCAUGUGUUUUUACUCAGUGUCUUUGACUUCUCUCUACAUGAGCCUAAAUACUGCACUGUUCCUGUGUUCUGCUCUUUGAAUUACUAUAAGCAAUGUUAUAUUGUUUUUGUUUAUUUCCUUCCUGUGUCAGUUGUGAUGAUAAUGUUGUACUAAAGAGGUCUGUUUGUUGUUAUGCUCUCAAAAUUGUUGUUGUGUACUUAUGUUUUUGACCAAUGAAUACCCAAUAUUAGAGGAAAGUCACAUGCUGGUAAAACCGCAGAGACAUACUUUCCCCUGUCUUUACUUUUCUGUCUCAGACUGCCCAGAUGUAUGAGCAAUGCUGAUUCAAUUGAAUUUUAUUAUGCAGAGAUUGGUUAGAAGAAAAAUCUAAUCUCAUAAUAUCUAAACUUGGUGAUACUCUGUAAAUAUUUAGAUAAGAUUUUUAUUCUUGUACAAAACUUGUAGCAUUAGAUUUUUUUUUACAGUAACAAAAUGUUCCUCAUUAUAUCAGUGUUAAGAGGACCGGUGCUUUUAUUAACAUCCACUGCCAUGUAAUGUAACUUGAUCACUGAUGAUUUGGAUUACUUUUCUCCAACAAUCACACAAAAAAAAUAACAGCAAAUAAAUAACAAA